AUGAAGUCUACUAUGAUCCUCGCCUUGGCUAGCAUUGCCAUUGCGGCUCCCACCCGCACCAUCGAGAACCGCCAGCUGUCCGGUCUGGGUACCAGCAGUGGACUGGGUGCCCUUGAGUCUCUCUUUCCAGGACUCUCGGGCUCCAGCAGCAGUUCCGACAGCUCAAGCUCCUUGAGCAGUGGAUUGGAUGCCCUGAAGGGUCUUAUCCCAGGACUGUCGAGCUCUAGCAGUGGCACCAGCAGCUUGGCAGGCAAUGGACUUAGCAGUCUCACCGGUUUGAGUAAUAUCUCCAACCACCCCGGUAUCCGAAACCCCAGUACUAAAGGUCAAUUUCUAGGCUCAGGCUCUUCAACCGAGAACGGCGUGACCCAGAAUGCCGGUUGCAAGGAGUACACGCUCAUCUUUGCGCGUGGAACUACCGAGCUGGGUAACAUGGGCUCAGUCAUUGGACCCCCUCUCGCGACGCAGUUGAACUCUCUCACUGGCGACAAGGUCACCGUGCAGGGUGUUGAUUAUCCAGCGGAUGCAGCGGGCAACGCACUGAUGGGCGCAUCCGGCGGCCCCGCGAUGGUCAAGCUCGUCCAGCAGGCUCUCAGCCAGUGCCCUAAGACCAAGGUCUUGCUGGGCGGAUACUCCCAGGGUGCCAUGGUCGUCCACAAUGCGGCUAGCAGCCUCGCUGCCGGCCAGAUUACCGCUGCCGUUCUCUUCGGUGACCCAUUCAAGACCCAGAGUGUCGGUAAGGUUGCCAGUGAUAAGGUUAAGGAGUUCUGUCACGUUGGUGACCCGGUAUGCUUGAACGGAGCAGAUGUAAUGGCGCACAUUACUUAUGGCACUGAUGCUGAGACGGCUGCGAAGUUUUUGAUUCAAGCUGCCGGCGCUUCCACUUCUUCGUAG